UUGCUAUUUUAGUGUUGUUGCUUUUUCUUGUUUAAUUUUUGCGUUUUUGGACAGGUGCACCAAGAGCACCGUGCACACCCCAGCACAAUCUAAGCGUUGGUAAAACUUGUGUAAAAAAACUAAAAAGUUCCCCAGUAGCCCUUCGUUUAGUCCGAGCACCGAGUUCACGUUGUCGACAGCCGGGGGCGCGUACGCCGGAAAUCGAUCGCCGAAAACAAGCUUGGCGGUAUGAAAACGAUAAAUAAACGUAGGGUUAGCUUAUCGGGAAGAGAAUUUGACACGAGAAGGUCAAAGUGCUGCUGGAAUCACCAGUAAGGAAUUUGACAAUGCUUGCACUUACCGAUGACGUGAUUUUUCCCUUGAAGGACCAGAGCUCGAAAGUCUUAAACUUGUUUGAAGAGUAAAACUAAUCUUUGUUGUAUAUGAAAGUUCUCUUAAAAUCAAAUUUUUGAUGCAGCACAUUUAUCAUAUAAGAAUGGAUGAUUCAAACCAGAUUUUCUUAGACAAAUCAGUCUGUGAAUUUAAUUUGUUCUGAAUUACUUGGCAAUUUGGGACAUGUAUGCUCAUGCUUUCGGACAUCGAGGCUUUAUUGGGUUUUGGUUCUCUAUCUUAGGAAGAUUUAAUGUAUUAUGUAUCUGGUGAAUUUUUUUUUGUUAUAGAAAUAAAACCUUUUCACUUGCUUCCACAAGAGGCAUUGCUGUAAGGUGGGUGAAACAAUCCGUUUUCACCUGUUUGUUGAUUUUUGUUACUUGUCUUGAUCUUGAAUCUGCGAAAUGUUCAAGAUAGUGUUAUCCUUUUGUAAAAGUUCACCUCAUUUUUAGCAUCAGUUUAAGUAUGAAUUUUCUAAUGGCAUGAACUUUCCUAUGGCAUGAACUUAUCAAGUACACUGCCUUUGGACUCACCGUCCAUGGAUACUAUUAUUGGUGUCUACAAAGCACCCGGCUUUCCUGCUGCUCCACUGCUUGCUGAAAUGUUCAGAAUUUUGAAGCCAGAUAGAAGAAUUCUUAUACAUUUGACUGAAGUUGCUGCUGAAUGCUGAUCUACCUUAAGACAAUAUUAUUUCUUCUCUGGAGCGCAAGAUACUUGUAACGGGAUGUUUGGAACCAGAAGCUAGCCAGCAACCAGAUGCUUUUUCAGGAGUUCAAUCUUUGCAGGUUAAAGCCAAGAAGCCAUCUUGGAAAAUUGGAUCACCUUUUUCCAUCAAAGCCUCAAAUGGUUUACCAAAGGUUCAAAUAACCGAUAAUAUGGAUCUGAUUGACGAGGAUACUCUAUUAACUGAGGACCUGAAGAAACCACUGAGGAGGAUACUCUUGGUGGGGACUGUGAAGUUGGAAGCACAAGGAAAGCCUGCAAGAACUGUACUAAGGGCCGAGGAAGAGCAGAAAGUUGAAAAUUUUGGGGUUAACAAUGUAACAGCUGGAUACUCCUCAGUCUGCGUGUGGCAGCGCAUGUGUUAUAAUGUUUACAAAUUGUGAUAUUUGAAGACAGGCUUCUAAAAUUACAGUGUGGACUAAGAGAUGCUUUUAGGUGUAGCACAUACCCAUACAAAGGUCUUCCUGCAUUCAAAAGGCAGAUGCUCUGACAAUGGCGUGGAAAAUAAGGGGGUUGGAUUGUUGACCGGCUUUUAAACCAGCUUAAUGGUGGCGAUUAUAGGCGUAGCCUUUUUGUUAUUGGUGCUUCAACGCUUUUGGUAGGAGCAAACCGCUAGAUUGCACUGUAGAUUUGCUUGGCCUGGGGAAAAAAAGAGGCUUGUGAACUGGUUUGUCUUCCAUCUAAAUUUUUAUGUCAUUUUUGAGCUUCAUAAUCAAAACUCCUUACCUUCCUCAAUAGAAUAUGUUUUGUGCUCAUUCAUAACAGAUGAAUGAACCUGCAAUGGCUGCUCUUGAAUAUAAACUGAGAUCUCCACCAAGAACCUCAGUCCUCAGAUUCUGAAACAUUUUGAGCAAUCAAGUCGAAACAUUUUGAACAAUCAAGUCGAAACAUUCUGAAAGAAGCAUUGGAAGCUUUGGACUUUAGUUCAAGUGGCCGCCAGUUUUAAGCUUCUUCGUGGAAUUUGGGAUCUACUUUAUCCCAACAUCUCUCUCCCAAGCGUUUUACAGAAACAUUUUGUGAUACCUGAUGGGGAGCUAGUUAACACAUCACUUUUAAACCGCAUGGACAGACCAUGGAAGCAGCAUAGAUACACAUUGAAGAAAAAACAUUUCGAUCCAGUGAAAACUCCAGAACAAAACUUUUCCAAUCUGCCUGAUGGAGUCUCCUCUAAGAGUUGGUCGGAUUUGGUUACAUAUUGGUUUACACCAAAGGCCAUGGAAAAAUCUGAACUUGGAAAAAAUGCUCGAGCAUUACAAGACCGUAAUCACAAGAGUGGUGCUACAAGCUUUGCUAAUCGAAGAGCUGAUUUGAAAAAGAAAGGGGAGUUUAGCGAAUUGGCAUUUUACAAAUCAGUUUAUGCCAAAGAUGGAAGCUUUGAAGAGGGCACACCCUCUCAUCAAUUUAUGGAGGAAGCAAACGAUGAGGUCCAAGAAAACCUUGCGAGUUCCUCUUCUUCCUUGUCUAGGGUUGAAAUUGAGAAUGAGGUCUUUAAUAGGCUUAUGUAUAAAGGUGAAAUACCUAAACGUCCUCUGAAUUAUGGGUUUGGAGUGAAACAAAGUGACAUCUUUGGAGUGGAAGGUUUGCUAAGGAAAGAAGGGUCAAGCUAUGUUAACAAUGGUGCCGUGGAAGUGGAGAACAUAAAAGGUGAACUAUCAGCUGUAAAGAAGCAAAAUCAGGAACUUGCACAACAAAAUAAAGCUCUAAGCACGAAGUUUGAUGAAACAAUGCAGUCAUUUAAAAUGAUUGCUUCUUUCUUAGGACAAGUUUUGAAGGAAGUACGCAAAGGAAAUGUUUCAUCAGACCUUUUAGAUGGUGCGGAAUCAGCAAUACAUGUGAUUAAUGAUGAUUCUGGUGGGAGUGGUGAAAAAUAGGCCGAGACAUGAGAUGUGGACACUAUUGCCAAAAGCAAGAUUAAUUGAUGAUUCAAGCUAUAAUGGUGAAACUUAGAUCAAGGGAUAACAAGUUAUCUUCAAGCGUGCUAAGCUAUCAUGGCGAUAGGAUUUAUUCGCUUAAUUAGACUUAGUUGGGAAGUUGUUUUUCUUUCGUUUUUUACUAUGUUGAUCAGGGUAGAACAAAUGAUGUUAGAAAGUUGUUUUUGUAUUUCUUUUAUUUCAGUUUGAGUUGACAAUACAAAUUAAUGCGUGGAUGAUUGUUAGC